AUGGCGCAAGACAACCGGAGCCAGCGAAAGAGCCACCAAAGCAACGUCAGCAAAGGGAUUCAGUUCUUGGAGGUGGUGGAGGUGCAUAGGUGGAUGGUUUCUGGGAUCAAGUACUAUCUCAAGGUCUUUGUCGUGAAGAUGGUGAAGCUAGGAACAGAGAAAGAAAAAGGGAGAGAUAAAGAGAUAUAG